CUGGUACUCUGACUAUUGCAGAACUUGGGAAGAAGGUACCGCGAAUGUCUUCAUCUGAAAGCGUCCAAGAAGGAUGGACUUCAGCGUGCCUGCGUGCACUGUGUUGACAACAUGUCCAACAGAUUGGUUCGAACAGCUCAAUCUCGGUCCUUGAACGGUUCAAUUGUCCGUUCUCGAAGCUCGUAUCAGCCUCUAUGGACCUGCCCACCAAGCUACGAAUGCCAUCGCACAAACGAGGCGUGCAGCUUCAUGAACAAGUGUGCCUAAUGCGUCUUCUUGAUCGCUGGAGUCGUCUCGAAGCUUCCAUGUCGCCUCCAUGCAGGAGUGCGGGUCGGGCGAGCGUUGAAAGCGCGCGACUGGGAAUGGCAUUACCCGCCCAUGGGCGGGUAGCCCAUUUUUAUCUUGACUAAAGUAUGAAAGUUUCAGCAGUUGGGGCGAUUGGUUGGCGAUCUGGUUUUGAAAAAGAUGUCGGAGACGAAGGACGUCCCGGCCGCCGCGGCGACGACGCCGUCCGUGGAAGGCAUGACGAGCAAGGAUUACUACUUUGAUUCGUACUCGCACUUUGGCAUCCACGAAGAGAUGCUGAAAGACUCGGUGCGCACCAAGACGUACAUGAACGCCAUUCUCCAGAACGUGCAUUUGUUCAAAGGCAAGGUUGUGCUCGACGUCGGCUGCGGCACCGGGAUUCUGAGUAUGUUUGCAGCGAAAGCAGGGGCGGCCCACGUCUAUGGUGUGGACUGCUCUGGCAUCAUUACGCAAGCAAAACAGAUCAUCGCGGAUAACGAUUUUAGCGACCGCAUCACGCUGAUUAAGGCGAAGGUUGAAGACAUGGAGCUGCCUGUUCCCCACGUCGACAUUAUCAUCUCCGAAUGGAUGGGGUACUUUCUCUUGUACGAGUCUAUGCUCGAUACGGUCCUGUAUGCCCGCGACAAGUGGCUUGCUCCUGGCGGCCUGCUCUUCCCCGACAAAGCCGUGCUCUUCCUUGCGGCUAUUGAAGACGGCCAAUACAAAUCCGAAAAGAUCGAUUUUUGGGAUAACGUGUACGGCUUCGACAUGAGCUGCAUCAAGAAAAUCGCGAUGUUAGAGCCGUUGGUCGACACAGUCGACGGCGAUGCAAUCAUGUCGAACGCCACGCCAAUUCUCGAUAUUGAUCUUGCGACGGUGAAGAAGGAAGAUUUGGCAUUUUCCUCGCCAUUUUCGCUCGUGGUGUCGCGACAAGACUUUUGCCACGCCUUGGUGGCAUACUUUGACUGUGCAUUCACCCAUUGCCACAAACCGAUCUCGUUCUCUACGGGACCUCGCGCCAAGUACACUCAUUGGAAGCAGACUGUGUUUUACCUUUCCCAUGCGCUGACGUGCUUCCCCGGUGACGUUAUCGAAGGCACCCUGACAUGCGCACCGAACGCAACCAACCCCCGCGACCUUGACAUCGACAUCUCGGUGCACUUUGACGGCGCGUCCACCCUCGACGAAACCAUGACGUACCGCCUUCGAUAAACCGAAAAUGACACAUUUCUUUUCCCGCCAAAAAU